AUGGCCUGGGGACUUCCCAAACUCCCGGGCUUAACGUUUGCGGACCCGACGAAGACGCAGUUUCAUAUAAAGAGCACGCUUCGAUACUAUCAAGGUCAUAGAUUCCCGGAUACGAAUGUUAGGGGUACUGGAGGAACGGGGACUGAUGUCGAUAGUAAUGCCUUUGCACUGCCUGAAGAUUCAGUCAACUAUGACCCAUCACUUACCUACGGCCGAGUGAAACAGCCCGCCCUGCCAGCGGUAGUGCCACACUUCGUGCAUUAUGACAAACGCUGUCUGAAUUUCACGGCAUUCUUCAAGCAGCCAGUUUACGAGAACCCGGAUGAGAGCUAUCGAGUGCGAGUUGUGAACAUAGUGUACUUUUUAGAAGAUGAUAGUAUCACUGUCAUAGAGCCGAGGGUCAAGAAUUCUGGCAUAUGGCAAGGAAGACUAGUGAAAAGGGCGAAGAUACCCAAAAAUGACAUCGGUGACUACUGGCACUGGAAAGAUCUAGACAACGGGAAGGACAUCUGUAUCUACGGGAAAGUCUUCCACACCGUGUCUUGUGAUCUUUUCACCAGGGUACGAUAUCUUGUUAUGAUUAUUUCUAAUGUUCAAGUUAUCUAA